UAAUGCCAUGCUCCUUCAUACCCUUUACCUGCCUUCAAUAAUUUCAAAGCAGAAAUAGUAGUACUCGCUCUUCUUCACACUUCAUUACACCUUUUAGUUUCUUCAUCUUCAUGGCUCCUCCUUUUCUCUCUUUAAUUCUUUUAUUCCUGAUAAAGGUUGCUUCGAGUUCAGCUCAGGGUCCACCCUCACCUGGAUACUACCCAAGUUCCAGAGUUAGGUCAAUAGGGUUUGAUCAGGGUUACAGAAACCUUUGGGGUCCUGAGCACCAAAACGAAGACCAGGGCGGUAUAAGCAUUUGGCUUGACAAAAGCUCAGGAAGUGGGUUCAAAUCAGUUCGUUCAUAUGGUUCUGGGUACUUUGGUGCAGCCAUCAAGGUUCAGACCGGUUACACUGCCGGAGUGAUUACAUCUUUCUACCUGUCGAACAAUGAACAACACCCUGGGGAUCACGACGAGAUCGAUAUCGAGUUCUUGGGGACGACUCUUGAUAAGCCUUAUGUUCUGCAAACCAAUGUGUGGACUAAAGGAAGCGGAGAUGGGAACAACCUUAUUGGGAGAGAGCACAGGUUCCAUCUCUGGUUUGAUCCAACACAUGACUUUCACAACUAUGCUAUAGUGUAUAACCCCAGUGAGAUCAUAUUCCUGGUGGACGAUGUGCCGAUAAGAAGGUACGCAAGGAAGAGCGAUGCCACAUUCCCAUUGAGGCCGAUGUGGGUGUACGGAUCCAUAUGGGAUGCAUCAUCAUGGGCCACAGAGGAAGGAAAAUACAAAGCCGACUACAACUACCAGCCAUUCAUUGGUAGGUACAAGAACUUCAAACUAGGCCCAGCCUCCGUUGCCUCACCUUCCGGCACCUCCGGGCUGAGCCGGCAGCAGUACGCGGCAAUGGAUUGGGUGCAGAGGAACUACAAGGUAUACGACUACUGCACCGACUCCAGGCGAGACCAUUCGCAGACACCAGAGUGUUAGGGUUUUAGCUAGCAUGCUAGGGUUUGGCAAUGCCGCUCAGCUAUACCAGCUCUGGUUGAAGGUUAAGAAUCGAUCUAUACAGAUACACAAAAGAGUAAAUUGUGAUUUUUUCAGUUAUAUGUAAACAGAGGGCGUUGAGAUGGGUCCCGUACUUGCUGAAAAUAGGUGGCAAGAGUCGUUGAACGUCCAAGCCCUCGAUCAGUGUCAGUACUCAGUACUAUUAUUUGCAUUAGCAGAAUGCAAUGCAUGUAAUUUUUACUAUUGCUCUUAAGUUUGAUGUACCAACAAUUUAGUGGAUCACUGAAUAAAUUAGGGAAAUUGAGUUUCAUCAUGCCACCGUUUUUUUCAUAUUGAAGAAUGCAGAAUUUAAUA